ACCCGAAAGUAGGCCACGCGUUUGCGUGUCUCGUGACUGCGCUGUGGCGGCACCCGCACACUCUGCGUGAGGGCGAUGACGCACAGGCGCGGCGGGGAUGAUCAGCAGCACCGCUGGAUCUGAGCAUGACAGCGUCGGCUCUCCGGGAAUGAUGCGCUCUGCUGCAGGCGAUCGAGGAAAAUGAGGAAAACAGAAAUUCACUGCGGCGUUUGGAGAUGAAUCCGGCAUCACCCGCUUCCGUCUGAGGACGCGUCUGCGUCUGCAGCCGUGCAGGAGAUGGACGCUGGGACUGCGGAAAGCGGGAGUGAUGGGAGCUGGAAUGAGGCUGGGGCCGUCAGCAUCUGUCAACAGCUUGACCUCGGGGACGCCGAUUCAGCUAAGAAGAGUCAAUUAACAGAGAUGCCAUCCCCUUUUGGAGUAGACCCAAAUCGCGAGAAGAAGAUCGGGCACAGGAGAGUAGACGCUUCUGGAGAGACAUCCUACAAGAAGACGUCCUCCUCUGCUCUGAAAGGGGCCAUCCAGUUGGGGAUCGGAUACACUGUUGGAAACCUCAGCUCCAAACCUGAGAGAGAUGUUCUCAUGCAGGAUUUUUAUGUGGUUGAAAGCAUUUUCUUCCCAAGUGAAGGCAGUAACCUCACUCCAGCCCACCACUACCCAGACUUCAGGUUUAAAACCUACGCACCCGUGGCAUUCCGCUAUUUCCGGGAACUUUUUGGGAUCCGACCAGAUGACUACCUGUACUCUCUGUGUAACGAGGCUCUGAUUGAGUUGACGAAUCCCGGAGCGAGCGGCUCCAUUUUCUACGUAACCCGCGACGACGAGUUCAUCAUCAAGACUGUGCAGCACAAGGAGGCCGAGUUUCUACAGAAAUUACUCCCUGGAUACUAUAUGAACUUGAACCAGAACCCUCGAACUCUUCUACCAAAGUUCUUCGGCCUCUAUUGUGUCCAGUGCGGAGGCAAAAACAUCCGAAUUGUCGUGAUGAACAAUAUUUUGCCACGCUCCGUGCGCAUGCACCUUAAGUUUGACCUGAAGGGCUCAACGUACAAGAGACGAGCGUCCAAGAAGGAGAGAGAGAAGUCUAAGCCAACUUUCAAGGACCUGGAUUUUCUGAGCGACGUCCCCGAGGGCCUCAACCUGGACCAGGACACAUACAGCGCUUUGGUCAAAACCUUGCAGAGAGACUGCCUGGUUCUGGAGAGCUUUAAGAUCAUGGACUACAGUUUGCUGCUUGGCGUCCACAACAAAACCAUCGCAGAGAAAGAGCAGCUGUCCCAGUCCCCGGCAGAGGGCGGGGAGGAGAAGAAGCCAGCGGGGCAGAGAGCCUUUUACACCACUGCCAUGGAGUCCAUACAGGGAGGCUCCACAUGCAGAGACACUUUGGACCACGAUGACACCAUGGGGGGAAUUCCAGCUGUCAGCAGCAAGGGAGAGCGCCUCCUGCUGUUCAUCGGGAUCAUCGACAUCCUGCAGUCCUAUAGGCUUAUAAAGAAACUGGAGCAUUCUUGGAAGUCUCUCAUCCAUGAUGGAGACACAGUAUCAGUUCACCGGCCAUGUUUCUAUGCUGAGAGGUUCUACAAGUUCUGCAGCACCAUCGUCUUCAAAAAGAGUAGCUCCCUGCGAUCGUCACCAUCUAAAAGAGGCCGCGGGCAGCUCUCCAUGUACAAGUCCGGUACUGGAGCGGGUUCAGCUGGGCAGCGUCCCUCGCUGAGUGAUGAAAGGCAGGAGAACUUGGACAAUCUGGAGAACCUAAGAGGGGCGCACAACUUUCCCAUACUGGAAGAUAACGGGAAGGAGCCCCCCUGCACCCCUCCCUCAUUUGAAGAUGCCACCACAGCGUCCAUAGCCACCACUCUCUCCUCCAACAACUCUUUACCGACGACCCCGUUUGACACGCCGGAGCACCCCCGCCAGAGGAGGCAAGCGCAAUCCCCAAACGUGGCCAGAUCACAACAGGAGGUUGUUGAGGUCCACGGUGACAGACAGGACACCAUCACUGUAGAGGUGGAGCUCAGCAAAAUCCCACAGAGCACCGAGCUCACACAGAUGACCUCUUCCAGCCAACAAUCAUCUGAUCCGACUCAUGUUGCUUCAUCAACUUCUGGCAGUUCACCCCCUGCCUACGCAUCCUCCACUCUUCCUCCGUCCUUUAAUUCAGCCUCUUCCUCCUCUCACUGCGCUGCACAGUCCUCUUCCUCUCCUCCUUCCUCUGAGGUCGUUCAGUCUUUCACCCUCCCUUCCGCAGCCUCUCGCUCAGAUGCACAAUCUGCAUUUAGCUCAGCGAAACCCCAAACCCCCACCCUCCCUCCAUCAUCAGCAUUUACUCCUAUCUGCCCCUCGUCCACUCAGUCCUCCACCCAGAGCUCCUCUCAGCAUCUCUUAUCAACGCCUCCUUCCUCUGCCUCUUCAAGCCCCCAGCCGCCGCAGCGGGCAGCGCUCGCAGCUCGCAAUCAGCUUUCCGUGUCCAGCAGCCACGACUCUCUGGAAGGGGAGGUGCAAGUUUCUGACAUUUACUUUUAUGCAGAUGGCAGAUAUUGGGUUUACUCUCCAGUUCUGGGCCGCCGUAAGCUUAACUCUAGCUCAAGUUACAAUACUCAGGAGGACCGGAGCUGGGUGUAUUCUCCUUUGCACUGCAGCUCAGAGUCCAGAAGAGGCUCAGACGGGGAGAAUGAGUGGAAGGACCAGUAAUGAAAAAGCUGUACGCCUUUAAGGACAGUAAGAGCUGCUAAAGCAACAUGUGGGAGCCUGCUUUGACAACAGCAACAAAGACUGAAGGAGUCAACUCGGCGAUGCCGCUCUCAGUUAUGAGAGUGCUAUUAUGAAUUUUGACACAUCCAAGGGAAAGUACAGACAGAGUUAUUCACAACAUAUCAACAAGCAAUACAAACGCCCCGAUUCUGGAACAAUUCGGACUGUCAUGAAGCGCAGAAACAUUAAUUGGGUGGUUCGAUCAGAUGAGAGGCGCUGUCACGCAGUUUUGUCAGGAAGUCCACGGAUUCCGUCCGCUUACACAACACCAGGAAAAUUCAAUAGUUUUUAUAUCGUUUCAUUAUAUAUUUUAUUUUUAUAAUUUGGACCGUGGAAUUUGCAAGAUAAAUAAAUGAAGACAGCUCUGCCUAUGCAAUACCUGUUACUAAUUUCUCUUUAAUCUGAUGUUAAGUCCAAAUUUCUUCCAAGGGUUUUUAGUUAUUCAUUUCUGCCAGGAGCAUGCCCGCUCUGUGAGUUUUCAUGACAGCACUUUAUAUUCGUACGUGUGGCUAACGUCUUUUGGAAGUCUGUGUUUUCAGUAUUUUGUUAUUGUUUUCUGUGCCGUGUGUACAGUGUUUUCUUAUUCUUCCAGCGGUGUGUGGUUGUCCACGUUGCGACCUCUGCUCUAAAAGUAAAAACAGUUUUGUUGAAAUUGCCUUACUUGCCAAGUUAUUACGUUGUCAUAAUGUCUAGUCAAAGAAACAAAAAACUUUCAAGUUCAAACGUUUUAAUUCAUGAGUGAACAGCAAAUAUUUGCAGCAUAUUUAAAACAUGAUAUAGGAAUGAAGAUGAGGAAGAAAUGUAUGUUUUGUGUUAAUAUGGACGUGCAGCACGUGCGCAGGAGUCUGUACGGUACAUGCUCUCAAGUCUGUGUGCGCAUGUACCUGCAUGCAUACGACUGGCAGAAACAAUCCAGACUUUUCUGUUUGUUAGAUUGUGAAAAGGUUUUGUGGUUUGAGAAUUGAAAGCAUGUCUGAAAGUAAAUGGCUGUUUAUAAAAGUGCUGGACGUUUAUUUUGAUGGACACACCUGCUGAGACGUGACUCAACGUAACUGUCCCUGUAUGUGUUUGCAAUCACUUCUUUACCACAUUAUUAUUUCAAUCUGCUGACGUUAACUGGCCUAAAAGUAGGCGACUGUAAGUGUAGCAUACCACUGUGAAAAAAAUUACAAUAAAAAAGUAUAUUGUGUAUAAUGUCA